CAUUUCUCACAUUUGCAUCAUAAAGUUUCAAUUUUUAUGAGCUAACUUUUCUGGGUUUUCUCUUUUCCUCAUCAUCUUAUUAGAUCUUCUUUACCCGAUCCACCAAAACGACACAGAUUUGGGAUUAAUGGACUCUUGUAGUGUGCAGUACAAUAAUACAGCUUUUUUUAGUACUUAUUUGGAUUCUAUGAUAUCAGACAAAAUAGUAUAAAAUUAUUAUUUUUCAACACUUUCUUUGUCGUUGUGUAUUAUCAGUAGCAAACCCCUUGCAUAAGAUCUACCUUGUAGUACAUUCUAAAUCAAAACUUGAACUCAAACUGUGUCACAGAUUUGAUCGAUUGAAAGAAGUUUGAGAGAAAACCGACGAGUUAAUGGGUUCUAAAAAUGCCCCACCGGGCAACAGAACACGGAGGCCUUUGUCGAUUUUUGCUGUGCUUGCUCUAUGUUGUACUUUUUAUCUUUUGGGAGCAUGGCAAAGAAGUGGUUCCGGAAAGGGAGACAGUCUUGCAUUGAAGGUAAAUAAGAUGCAUACAGACUGCAACAUUGUGCCGAAUUUGAGUUUUGAACCCCAUCACAAAUAUGUAGAUAUUGUCGCAUCAUCUGAACCGAAAGCUAAAAAGUUCAAGGCGUGUGAUGUAAAAUAUACUGAUUAUACACCUUGCCAAGAGCAAGAUCGGGCAAUGACGUUCCCGAGAGAAAAUAUGAUUUAUAGGGAAAGACAUUGUCCACCUCAAGAGGAGAAAUUGCGUUGCCUUAUUCCUGCUCCCGAUGGGUAUACGUCACCUUUUCCUUGGCCUAAAAGCCGUGAUUAUGUCUACUAUGCUAAUGUACCGUAUAAGAGUUUGACAGUGGAGAAGGCUGUUCAAAACUGGGUGCAAUUCCAAGGAAAUGUGUUCAAAUUUCCAGGGGGAGGAACCAUGUUCCCUCAAGGAGCAGAUGCUUAUAUUGAUGAACUUGCAUCAGUUAUUCCAAUUGCAGAUGGUACUGUCAGAACAGCAUUGGACACUGGUUGCGGAGUUGCAAGCUGGGGAGCAUACUUGCUAAAGAGAAAUGUGAUAGCUAUGUCGUUUGCUCCAAAGGAUAACCACGAAGCACAAGUUCAGUUUGCACUGGAACGAGGAGUACCUGCUAUUAUUGGUGUUCUUGGUACAAUCCGUCUUCCAUUCCCAUCAAGAGCCUUUGAUAUGGCUCAGUGUUCUCGAUGUCUAAUACCAUGGGCUUCAAAUGAUGGCACGCAGCUAAUGGAAGUCGAUCGGGUUUUAAGGCCUGGUGGAUAUUGGAUUUUGUCUGGCCCUCCAAUUAAUUGGAAAACGUACUACCAGACAUGGAAGCGGUCGAAGGAGGAUCUGAAGGCAGAGCAGAAAAAAAUUGAGGAUUUAGCCGAAAGUCUUUGCUGGGAAAAGAAGUAUGAAAAGGGUGAUAUCGCUAUCUGGAGGAAGAAAAUAAAUGCUAAAUCCUGUCAAAGAAAGUCUCCCGAUUUAUGUGAUUUAGAUAAUGCUGAUGAUGUUUGGUACAAAAAGAUGGAGGUCUGCAAAACCCCUAUCCCCGAGGUAACCAGCAAAACCGAAGUUGCCGGUGGGGAAUUGAAGAAGUUUCCUGCUAGGCUUUUCGCAGUUCCUCCUCGAAUAGCUAAAGGCCUUGUUCCAGGCGUAAAAACUGAAUCUUAUCAAGAGGACAACAAAUUAUGGAAAAAGCGUGUUACUAAUUACAAAAGAAUUAAUAGAUUGAUCGGUACGACAAGAUAUCGAAAUUUGAUGGACAUGAAUGCAGGCCUUGGAGGAUUCGCAGCUGCACUUGAAUCACAAAAAUCUUGGGUGAUGAAUGUUGUGCCCACAAUUGCUGACAACACUUUAGGUGUUAUCUAUGAAAGAGGUUUGAUCGGCAUUUAUCAUGACUGGUGUGAAGGCUUUUCUACAUACCCAAGGACAUAUGAUCUUAUUCAUGCUAAUGGUUUAUUUAGUUUGUACCAGGACAAGUGCAACCUAGAAGACAUCCUUCUAGAGAUGGACCGAAUCUUGAGGCCCGAAGGAUCGGUCAUAAUCCGCGACGAAGUAGAUGUGCUUAACAAGGUUAACAAAAUUGUUGGAGGAAUGAGAUGGGAAGCUAAAAUGAUGGAUCAUGAGGAUGGUCCACUUGUGCCUGAGAAGAUAUUGGUGAUUGUUAAAGAGUAUUGGGUUGGCACUAGUAAAAACAACACAUCCAGUUAAAGGACUAAAACAAGAUGUCUUCAAAGCUUAGUGUGCAAGAUUCAAGCUUUAUAAGAAAACUAAAGCAAAGAAGAAAUGGAAAAAGUGAUGAAUAAAAUGAAAAGAGAGAAGAUUAAUAGAAGCCAAAUACAAGCAAAGAUUGGUUAUGUGAACUUAUUCUACGUCUGCCUUUAAUCAAGUGUAGAAGUGUAGAUAAAAUAGUUUUAACUAGUCUUUUUUUAAUUGAUUUUGGAGGAUUUAGAUCAGCAAGUUUUAGAUCCUCACCCAAAUAAAUUAAGUUGGGAGUGAGUUCUCAUUGAAUGAUGUAAGAAUAUUUAAAUGUUUCAAUUAUAUCCUGUUCGAUAUUUAAAAGUUUGUUUUGCUA